AUGACCGAUGCCAAGGCCGACUCGGCCACCGUUCCUCCUGCCGCCACUCUCUCGCAAGACACGGCUACAGCCCCGCCACCGCAAGCUGGCAAGACCCUUCCAAAGGUGACGCCCCCAACGAGCAUCGACAUCGACAGCAAGCCCAGCGACUUUGACGGGCAGCUCGCUACAAACGAUGAGAUACCAUCCGAUGCCACGCUUGCCAAGGUCGCCGACUAUGUCUUGCUAGACAAGUACGGCAAGACGCAUACCUUCCAGAGCCUCUACAACAGCCCUAACGGUCCCCGACGAGUCUUGGUGGUGUUCGUCCGCCACUUUUUCUGCGGUAACUGCCAAGAAUACAUUCGCACCCUCGCCGAGUCGAUAUCCAACGACGCUCUUCUGGGGCUCCCUGUCAGCACCUCCGUCGUCAUCAUCGGCUGCGGCAACCCACAACUCAUCGACAUGUACGUCGAGGCGACCAGGUGUCCGUUCCCGCUGUACACCGACCCCAAGAGCGUCCUCUUCGACGCCCUCGGCAUGGUCAAGACGCUCGCGCUUGGAGAGAAGCCCGCCUAUAUGAAGAUGGGCUUCCUCAAGGGCGUCUUUACCGGCAUGGGCCAGGCCCUAAAGCAGUUACCCAAGGGCCUGACCCUCCAGUCUGGAGACCAGCGCCAGGUCGGCGGCGAGUUUCUGUUCGAGCCCCUCGACCUGGUCACCCCCAUCACGACGCCCACGGACGCCCAGGGCGGGGCCGCCAUCAUGGAGGCCUGUGACCCGCGGCCCAUGCAGAGCGGCGCGGGCGGCCAGCUCGAGGUCAAGAAAAUUACCUGGUGCCACCGCAUGCGCAGCACCCGCGACCAUGCUGAGAUUCCUGAAAUCAUGGAGCUUCUGGGCCUCGACGGUCACGGUAAGCCGAUCAAGGAUACUGCGCUGUGGGAAAAGACGAUCCGGGCCAGAAAGGGUACGGGCCUGUCUAUGGCAAGCAAGCUGAACGAGCUAGCAGCGGCACAAAACGCAGAGGCGGGCAAAGCAUGA